AAUUAUCCAACCAUGGUGGCGGUGGUUCUUUCUCCGUCAGUGACAGAGGAUCUCACUGUCACGAAGACAUGCAAACCCAAUAACAGCAGUUACUUCACCGCUAUCCCAGUGAUAGAUCUUCAAGACCCAAAUGCCAAAACCCUCAUAGUGAACGCCUGCCAAGAAUUCGGCUUCUUCAAGGUGGUGAACCAUGGCGUCCCAGUUAAGCUCAUAUCAGAAUUGGAGAGCCUAGCUAUACAAUUCUUCAACUUUUCCCAGUUACAGAAAGACAGAGCAGGCCCUCCCAACCCUUCCGGGUACGGGAACAAGAAAAUCGGACCAAAUGGAGAUGUGGGUUGGAUUGAAUACCUCCUUUUGAAAGCAACCCACGAUUCAGUCUCCCAGAUUUCCUCGUCCAUUUUCCCAGAAAACCCAGAUGUUUUCAGGUGCGCUCUGACUGAAUACAUAAAGGAAGUGAAGGAAAUGGUAUGCCGGGUGCUAGAAAUGGCGGUGGAAGGUCUGGGGAUAUCAGAUAAAGAAGAGAUAAGCAAGCUAUUGAGAGACGAGAAUAGUGACUGUAUGUUUAGAUUGAACCAUUACCUGCCAUACACGCCGGAGCUUCUCCAGACGGCGGCGAUGAGGAACAUAAAUUUGAAUUUGAUAGGAUUUGGAGAACACACAGACCCGCAGAUAAUGUCUGCAGUUAGAUCAAACAACACCCCAGGGUUACAAUUCUCACUAAAAGAUGGAACAUGGGUCUCCGUCCCACCUGAUCCCACCUCCUUCUUCCUUAACGUUGGCGACACACUUCAGGUGAUGACUAAUGGGAGGUUUAAAAGUGUAAGACACAGGGUUUAUGUUGUUGAUAAUGUUAGAUCAAGAAUGUCAAUGAUCUUCUUCGGAGGGCCGCCGAUGGGUCAUAAAAUUGCGGCUUUGCCAUCAAUGAUAAGGGAAGAACAAGGGGAGGAGAGCUUGUAUAAGGACUUCACCUGGUCUGAAUACAAGCACUCUGCUUACAAGACAAGGUUGGCUGAUAAUAGGCUCUCCUUUUUCCUUAAAAAUGCACCAUAAUAUCUUUCUCAUUCAAUCCAUCCAUAUCAUCUGUCUGAAUGUGUUUUAUAUAUAAAAAGAGACUCAUAACUCAGUGAUAAGCUCAAAUGCUCAAUGGAUCAGGUGAUGUAACUCACAUUGUGAUGAUCCUCUUAUAUAUAUAAUUGCAUCCUCCUAGCUUCUACUAUUAUUUUCUUCUAACUAUUAAUAUAAUAUGAUGUAUUUAUUCUAUCCUAACUAGUAAAUCUUCAUGAAAGAAGUUAUUAGUU